GGUGAUGCCGUUCGCGACCAAUGAGCGCUCGAGGGGGCGUGGUUUCAGUCAUUCCCCCAGCUAUUAGUUGUUUCUAUGGGAACGAGCGGACGCUGUGGACGGAAGCCCAUACGGCCCAAACUAAAUCCGGACAUGGACAAAUACAGGGUUUUGGAAGAAUGGGGUGCUGGAGCUUUUGGGGUGACCUGUCUUGUGGAGGAGAUAGAAGAAGGAAGGAAAUAUGCCGUAAAAAAGGUGGAGUGCAUCGAUGAGCAGGAGGCAAAUCUCGCUCUGGAAGAGGCGAAAUCAUUACUGGAGCUCCAGCACCCGCAUAUAUGUUCCUAUAAGGAGUUUUUCAUGCUCUGGGACCAUAAGAUCUCUUCGCUGUUUUUUUGCCUGGUGAUGGAUUACUGUGAUCAUGGGAACCUGGAGCAAAUAGUGCGGGAAAACAGACGACAGGGGAAGAUAAUAGAUGAAAAGAUCAUUCAGCGAUUUCUCGGUCAGACUAUUGAUGCUUUGAUUUAUGUUCACAACAAGAGCGUCACCCACAGAAACCUCAAACCAAGUAACAUCCUCAUGAAGCGGGAAGAUUUCUUUGUGAUAAGCGACUUUCUUCCUCAGACACUGGCAACAGAUGAAAUGAAGUUGAAGAUAAGAGUGGAUCCCGAGAGGAAAAUAUUCAUGGCUCCAGAAUCUCUAGAAUCCAUGUAUACUGAUAAGUCAGACAUCUGGUCUUUGGGGUGUAUUUUACUGGAUUUGAUGACAACGUCCAUAAAGACGGACGCCGAGAUCGUUCAGCUCUUGGAAGAGGUAAAGUUGAAGCCAUUGAGCUUACAGAAAAAUUUGGAAGAAAUUCAGGACAAAGUUGGUUACUCAGAGGAGCUCAGGCAGCUGCUGCCGAAGAUGCUAAAACUUCAUUCAGAGGAGAGGCCCUCUGCUACCGACUUGCUACGUGAGCCUUAUGUCAUUCAGUUCUUGGCUUUGAUUGGUUCCUCCCUGUCCGGCAUAAAGAAGACUCUGCCUCCCGGGAUUCUAGACGAGCUUAAAGAUGGCAAUGUAGAAAAAGUAAUGGGGUUGAUGAAGAGGUACCCAGACUUUGAAGACGCACAAUUGUCAGCGCUGAAGCACCUGACCAGUUAUGAUUCAGGAAGAGAUGGGGUCUUGGACAUAGGGGACACAAUACAGCUUGUAUCUCUGGCCAUGAGGACCCACAGAGAUUCUUAUGAAGUACAAUGGGAGGGGAGCCGGGUGCUGCAUAGUCUUAUAUCACAAGCUAUGGAGGGAGAAGAUGAGGAUGAGGAGGAGCAGCGCUGGGCUGGCGAUGAUCUGGUCAUUACACUGGUGGAAGCGGUGAGGACUUAUCCCCAGAAAGCUGAACUAAUAUCUGUAACCUUCAGUGUGAUGAUAAUGAUUUCAGCAAGUGCGCAGACAGCCGAGAUGCUGAGGAGAACAGGUUUCCUCUUGGAUCUAGUCAGAAUUAUGGCGAGAUCCCUCGAGAACAGAGAUAUGUGCCAGUCCUGCUGUGCUCUUCUAUGGUCCCUCGCUAUGACAGAGAACCAGACAGACGGUGAAUGCUUAAAGGACGCCGUGCCAGUGAUCUGCGCGCUGCUCACGAAGUACCGCACUGAUGGACCACUGGUGGAAUCGGCCUGUACCGCCCUAUGGAUACUGGGGGUGAAAGGUCACAUAAUGGCAGAACAGACUGAAACAGUAACGUUGCUCCUCCUGGCAGCCCUGAAAGCUCAUUCACAGCGUCCGGUCCUGGCUAAGAAUGUCUGCUCGGCCCUGACCAGUUUGGUGGUGAAUUCAGAGUUGGCGGCAUAUCGUGUGCUGGUGCCCGCAGCCGGGGCGAGCGGCCUCUCUGUGAUUAAAGAGCUUUACCGAUUACACGCAGAUGACCCCGAGAUCGUGGAGAACAUCUGCCUGCUGUUCAGUGAGAUGGCUUAUUACGGCAGCACACAUGCCGAACUGCUAUUACAACACGUGGAUCAGCUUUUGGGCGACAUCAAAGAGCGUUUCGAAUCCUUGGAGGAGAUAACCACAUUGGCCGACACCGCACUGUCCAGACUAAAGAGUUAAUGAAUUAAGAAUGUGACUUCCCCAAGAAAAGAUGGUUUUUAGAUUUGGAAAAAUGAAGAUGAAGUUUUCUUUCUUUAUACAGAAUCAGAA